UCUGGCGCGCGCGCGCGCGCGCGCGCGCGCCAUGCAUCCUCGCGCGCUGGGCGCGGGCCUCCGGCCUGGAAAGGGGGACGGCGUUGCCGCCAUGUUCUUCUUGGCGCUGCGGGCUCGGGCUGCCGGCCUCACCGCCCCGUGGGGAAGACAGAUAAGGAAUUUGCAUAAGACAGCUGUGCAGAAUGGUGCCGGAGGAGCCUUGUUUGUGCACAGAGAUACCCCUGAGAAUAAUCCGGAUACUCCAUUUGAUUUCACACCAGAAAACUAUAAGAGGAUAGAGGCAAUUGUAAGAAACUAUCCAGAAGGGCAUAAAGCGGCAGCUGUGCUUCCAGUCUUGGACUUAGCCCAAAGGCAGAGUGGGUGGUUGCCCAUCUCUGCUAUGAACAAGGUUGCAGAAAUUUUACAAGUACCUCCAAUGAGAGUAUAUGAAGUAGCUACUUUUUAUACAAUGUACAACCGAAAGCCAGUUGGGAAGUACCACAUUCAGGUCUGCACUACAACACCUUGCAUGCUCCGAGACUCUGACAGCAUCCUGGAGGCCAUUCAGCAAAAGCUUGGAAUAAAGGUUGGGGAGACUACACCUGACAAACUUUUCACUCUAAUAGAGGUGGAAUGUUUAGGGGCCUGCGUAAACGCACCAAUGGUUCAAAUAAAUGACAACUACUAUGAGGAUCUGACAUCUAAGGAUAUUGAAGAAAUUAUUGAUGAGCUGAAAGCUGGCAGAAUCCCAAAACCUGGGCCAAGGAGUGGGCGUUUCUGUUGUGAGCCAGCUGGAGGUCUCACCUCGUUGACUGAACCACCUAAAGGACCUGGGUUUGGUGUGCAAGCAGGCCUCUAAUUUACACUCUGCUGUAAAUAUGUCGCUGGAGAAAUAAAGUGUGAACCUCCUAUCUACAUAAACUUUUUUAUUA